UUGAAGGUAGCACAUUUCCUGUCUCCACAGGAACACAAACCGGUGGUCAGACAGGCGGCAGAAUACGGAACACAGCGGCGCAACCCUCCAGACAAAACAACGGUCAACCCAGAUUAUCAGUUGUUUGCAGCUAUUUAUGUCGUCUAUAUGGGUUAUUAGUCUGCUAAUGUAAACAGCAUAGACAUGACAGCGACUGUUCAGAGCUGCGCAACGGGUUGAGACUGUUUUGACUGCGAGUAAACUAUCCAGAGCCACCGCACCCCCCACACGGAAUCUCUCGGGCACUUGCCUCCAGCUGCGGCGGCGGUAUCGGGUGUCCUAAUGGCGGACCCAAGAGCAGCAGCUCCCGGGAGCUCCGAGGAGGAGAAGACGGAGCAUAUAAACGACGCAGAGCUGGCUCUGAAAGGAAUCAAUAUGCUGCUCAACAACGGAUUUAAGGAAAGUGAUGAGCUCUUCAAGACAUACAGGAACCACAGUCCUUUGAUGAGUUUCGGUGCAAGUUUUGUGAGUUUUCUGAACGCUGUAAUGACUUUUGAAGAGGAGAAAAUGCAGACGGCCUUUGAGGACCUCAAAUCCACGGAGCGACUGUGUGAGAGUGAAAAUGGCAGCGUUAUUGAAACCAUUAAAAACAAGAUAAAGCGGAGCCAGGUGGACUCCCAGAGGUUGGGAAUGGCUGCUGUGGACCGACUGCAGCGGCAGAUCAUCAUUGCAGACUGCCAGGUCUACCUCGCAGUUCUGUCUUUCAUAAAGCAAGAGCUGUCAGCAUACAUCAAAGGAGGCUGGAUCCUCCGCAAAGCAUGGAAGAUGUAUAACAAAUGUUACAAUGACAUCACACACCUACAAGAAGGCAACAGAAGGGCCUCCGAACAGCAAGCGUCGUCCUCUCUGUCAUCCUCCUCGGCCUCCUCCUCCAGCCGCAGCCGAUCCUCCUCACCCGGAACGAGCCGCUCUCGGAGACAGGACGGCGUCAGCCCGGAGGUUCUGGACCGGCUGAAAGGAUCUGUCAGCUUCGGCUAUGGCCUUUUCCACCUGUGCAUCUCCAUGGUGCCGCCUCACCUUUUGAAGAUCGUCAACCUGCUGGGCUUCCCUGGAGACCGCGAUCAAGGCCUCUCGGCUCUCACGUAUGCCAGUGAAAGUAAGGACAUGAAGGCCCCAUUAGCUACCCUGGCUCUGCUGUGGUACCACACGGUGGUGCAGCCCUUCUUUGCUCUAGAUGGCUCAGACACACAAGCAGGCCUAAUGGAGGCAAAAUGCAUACUUAAACAAAGGGAGGCCACAUAUCCAAACUCCUCUCUCUUCAUAUUUUUUAAAGGAAGAGUUCAACGCCUCGAGUGCCAGAUCAAUAGUGCCUUGACUUGCUUCAACGAAGCCUUAGACCUGGCUUUGGACCAGAGGGAGAUUCAACAUGUGUGUUUAUACGAAAUAGGCUGGUGCAGCAUGAUUGAACUGAACUACACCGAAGCCUACAGGGCGUUUGAGCGACUGAAGGCGGAGUCUCGCUGGUCGCAGUGCUACUACGCCUAUUUAACAGGAGUAUGCCAAGGAGCCACCGGUGAUCUGGAGGGUGCUGUUGUGACCUUUAAAGAUGUUCAAAAACUUUUCAAACGCAAGAAUAAUCAGAUAGAGGUGUUUUCCUUGAAGAGGGCUGAGAAGCUACGGAGCCCAGGUCUGUCCAAAGAGCUCUGCAUCUUGUCUGUGAUUGAGAUUCUCUAUCUGUGGAAAGCCCUGCCUAACUGCUCCUCUGCCAAGCUGCAGACAAUGACUCAUGUUUUGCAGGGGAUUGAAGAUGCGUCAUGCACCGACCUGAAAAACCUGCUUCUUGGGGCCAUUAGCAGAUGUCUCCUCAAUACUAAAGAUGCUGUGCAGUAUUUCCGUCUGGCUGCGAGCGACGAGGUUGGACGUCAGUGCAACUCCUACGUGCAGCCCUACUCCUGCUAUGAACUGGCCUGUGUCCUGCUAAAUUCCCCAGAGACUGCAGAGAAGGGCCGAAUGCUGUUGCUUCAGGCUAAGGUACUCGAAGGAUUCAUUGUUUUGACUUCUUGUCUUUUGCUUUGUGAAUUUUUUAGUUUCAUGCAGUCCAGUUGUUCUCAUGUGCUCAAAAAGUCUUUGGAGUUAAAGUAAUCUGACUCUCAUAUUCCAGUGAGCUCAAUAAUUGACUGGAGAAACAGUUUGUAAAAAUAAACUAAAAAGAAAUUCUUAGGAUUUGCUUCUUAGAAACAUAAGAAGCAGAUAAACCUGUAAAGAAGCAGGACUGCGUUUGCACUACUCGAGUUGAAGUUGGUGUCAGGUUUAGUGAUCAGGUGUUGAAUUAAAACAAUGUGUCACAUUGUCCCUGAACAUUGGAAUGGUUUGGCUCAUAUAGCAAAUUAGUGGGAAGCAAAUUUAUUGUACAAAUAAUUUUGCUCAAAAAAUGUGACUAUCUAUAUACUUUUUGAGCAAAUAAAAAAAUAUAUAUAUUUGUUCAUUUGUCCCCUAGUGCAUAGAGAACAAAUGAACAAGCAAGUGCAACUGCUGGCUGUUUGCCAGUGAUCUGCAGCUGAUUGAAGCUAUUCUUAGGUUUUCAUCACCCUGUUCAACCAAAAUAAAUGCUCUUGUCCGGAUGUAAGGGGGAUGCAUAUUUACUAAGAACAUUUCUAAAGUAUGUUGUUACUUCCUCAUUUUCCUUGUGAAAUGGGGAAGUGCGUCUAGUUCAGAUCCUCUCACUAGUGCUUAUGUGGCUUGGUUUAAUAGCUACACUUGAAUCCAAACAAUGUAACAUUAUUCUCAAUGUUUCAACUAGAUUUCUGAUCUGUUUUUUUUUUUUCUACACUCAUUUCGACUUUAAUCUUAAAUGAGUUAGCAAAAAAACC